GGUUUGCGACACUUUCACAAACACGCCGCCGUCACACUUUACGGCCUCCGGCUCGCUGCUCGCUGCACAGAGACGUCAGGCGAUGCGCAUUGGACUGCCCGGCACAGAGACGCUGCAAGGUGGAUCCUUAAAGGCUCUGAUUGUGACGGUGCUCCUGAGCGGGUUUAUGUUCCAGCUGCUGAGGACUGUCGGACUGAGGGCGUUCUCCAUGGCAUCCGAGACGUACACGUCGGGCACGCACUCCGCCGCCUUCGUCACCUGCCCCAACGACACAGUGGCGAGAGACCUGGCCCGGGGGAUUGUAGAGAAAAAGCUCGCAGCUUGUGUCAACAUCGUGCCAGCAAUCAAGUCCAUAUAUGAAUGGCAGGGGAAGAUUGAAGAGGACAGCGAGGUUCUCCUGAUGAUUAAAACCAGGAGUUCCAAAGUUCCCGCUCUCGCCGAAUACGUCCGCUCCAACCAUCCGUACGAAGUGGCCGAAGUCAUCAGCCUGCCCAUCGAGCAGGGGAACCCGCCGUACCUCCGGUGGAUCGGAGACGUCGUGCCCGAGUGAAGGCGGAUCAGGAGGAGAGGGAAAGUCCAGCCUGAUGCAUUCUGAAAGUUCAAAUCAUCAUUGUUAAAUCAAGCUUAAAGGAGAAGAAGUCCAGUGUGUUUGUUUUUUGUACAUGAGUCUUCCCUUCAGCGUGUUUACCUGCAGGGGGCAGCGUUGGCCUCGGUUCAACUCAAACUGAAGCAUUGAGGUGAAAUAAAGCUGCAGACUGAUGUUUGGU